UCUCGAUCUUCGAAUCAUUCUUUCGUUGCUUCUUACGGACUGACUUGUUGGUUGAUUGGUUGGUUGGCUGGCUGGUUGGCUGGGUGAUUGCUUGCCUGUCUUGCUCCGUUCGGGAUCUGCUUCCACUUCUGCUGAAGUCGGAUUUUGGUUGAACUUGAAUUUUAGGGGGGCUUCGCGACUUCUCGACUCGUUGGACCAUUUCCUCGUUGAUGUUUGCACGUCGCUCGGCGAAGAGGAGCACCCCCAUCCAUCGGCCCUCCGACCAUUACCAUCGCCAUCACGGUGACCAACCACCAAUCUACUACCAACGAGCAACGAGCAACUCCUCAGAAAAACGAAAGAAACGCCAAUCCAGUGCUGUUCAAUCCAGUGGUGGCAAUCCUUCUCCUCAAGGGGGAAGACAGACAAAAGACUUGAGAAAAAUCGCACACGAGGAUAAAAAAAAAGAACAGAUAGAUUUAACUCAGUGAAAGCACCACAAAGUGACUUGGAAAUCCAGUCGUCACCAACAACACCAACAAGGCCAACAAGACCAAUAACACCACCACUCGCAUCUUCGUCAACAUCUUCAUCAUGAGGAUUCCUUUGAAUCUGGUCGCAUUGGCGAUCAUUCUCGGAUUGGUCGGCGCCCAACAAACCCUAGAAGAGGAAUUAGUCAUCAAAGACCCUGAACUGAUCCAAGAGCUUCUCAAGGCAGCCACUGUCGAGACAUCGGAGAGAGACAUUCCCUUGCCUCCUGUUGAGGUUUUAGCCACCACGCCUCCAGCCCCUCUUUCUACAACAGAACCUGAGCCGGUUCCUUUGCGCCAAAGGUUUCGAUUGAGAAAUCGCAAUCGACCCACCUUCUUGCCCAGAACCCGGCCCUCAGUUUUGACAUCAGCGAACCAGGGGACAGAAACCGAAGCGGAAAAUGGUCAAGACGAUGAUGCCUCAUCUAGUCUAUUCGCCCCUAAAAGGCUGAGGACUCGAUUCCAGCCCAGAGCGAGGCCAAAUAUAUUUGCUUCCCGAUCUCGGGUUGCUACUCAAUCUGAAUCGAAGUCGGAGUUGGAGUCGGAAUCGUUGCCGAUGUCAACCACUGCUGAGAGCCAGAAAUCCGAUGAAGCCUCGGGAGAAGACAUUGCGCAAAAUACCAUAACCAUUGAAGUUCCCGAGAACGAUGAUGAGGACCCACAAAGCAAUGAAAUUUCUGAUGACAACGAGGGCGAAGUGAAAGCCACUGAUGAGACCAUGACCACCACCUCUCGAUCUUUGUUUGCGCCCCGACGCCGUUUCCGUCCCCGGCCAAGACUUUCCUCAGUUGCCACCUCUACCACAGUGGCCAGUGUUGAACCUACCGAUGUUCUCCCAACUGAAGAAAUCGAGAGCACUGACGAAUCUCCCACUUCCUCCCCUCGAGUUCCAGCCUCACGACCACUCUUAAACAAUCGUCGAACAUCCCCCUUUCUAAGAAGGAUCAGACCCACCUCCAGCGUUUUGGGAGUCCGAGGUAGAGGUUCAAGAGUGACCACCGUCACCACUACCACAAUAACGACGCCCACAUCUACCACCUCAAGUGGAACAUCCGUGUUUAUUACGACAACACCGGAAUAUACAACGUACGAACCUGAGGUUGACACCACCACCGAGAUUGAACCUGAAGUCACAACGAAAGAGGCCUCCAUCUUUGUCACUGUAGCAAGUGAAACUGAGUCCCCUGAGAGUGUCACCUCUCCACCAACUCCAGCCCAACCCGUUCAACCGGCUAUUUUUGGACGCCGCCGAAUUCCUGAAAAACCCAGGCGACGCCUCCAACCUCAACAGGUUGCAAGUGAACCCACUUCGCCCAGAAGACGUGUGGUGAGCCGUCGAAGGAAUCCAAAUGCCGUGAGAAGACGUCUUCAGCCUGAGACACCUGUUCCAGCUACCGCUGAGCCGCAAAUACCAGAAACCACAACUAAUCAGAGAGUCCUGCCUCCUACUGCCCGACAAAUCAUUCGAAUCCAACCUGCUGCAACGGAACCUCAACCCACCGCAGACACCACAACUACCACUGCCAGCCAAACCGUACCCUCAACUGCCCGUCAAGUCAUCCAAAUUCAACCAGAUGUCCUUGAGCCGCAGCCCACCGAAGAUCUCCCCCCUACCACAGCCACCCAACCCGAAACCUCUGCUCCUCCACGACGUCGGUUCCAAACUGCACCGCGCCGCACCUUCAGGACCAAUCCCAGACGUUUAUUAUCAGGCACUGGUCCAAGGAGAAUCCCCGUACCCGAACCCGAACAAACGGCUGAAGGGGAAAACACGGUACUGACCGGCACAGCUCCAAGACGACGAAUUGAUUUCACUAGUGGACGAACGCAAUUCACUGGCGGCCGUGUUGACAUCUCUAGUCAAGAGGAAGAUUUGACCGAUCCCGAGGAUGGAUUUGUUGACAUUCCUAAAAUUAAACAAGUGAAUGAGUUCAUUCCUCGACAGAUCAAGGUCACACCCCAAGUGGAAGAAGUGCCAGAAGAAGAAGAAAACCAACAACAACAACAACAACAACAAGAGGCAGAGGUAGAGGCUCCUCGGUCAACUCAACCCUCCCGUGCUUUACCUUUUGUUCCAUUGUUCACCUUGCAAGCGGAACCAACCGAGUCUCUCAGGCUCGUUCCUUCAUCAGAUCCCACAAAACCAACGAAUUCGGCUAGUUCCCCGCCCACCCCGAGUCGCCAAAGCUCCCGCUUUCAGCCUCUUACUUUCACCAACUCAAUCGUCUUCAGUGACAACAAACUGCCUGAUGAGAUCACGAUCCCAAAUGUAAGGCCUGGCAUCCAGCAGCGUUUGAACGACCCUGCUCAAAUUGCCAGGGAUAUUUUGAAAGAGUCCAUUGUGGUGCCCUUGGUGAAAAUUGACCCACCCACAACCUUAGCGUCCCAACCACCUCAACCCACCCAACCCACUGAAUUUGUUCCCACCACAUUCAGUGAUGAACCUCAAACCGUGACGCGAGUGGUCCCCACUAACAGCUUCUUGGAGAAUACAGUCAGGAGUAAUGCCUUACCCAACAAGUUCCAGGUGACGAAACCCGCUCAAUCUUCUGGGGAAAGAGUGACAGUAGAAGAUCGGUACAGGCAUCAGAACCCCGAUGGCAGCAUCACCUGGGGAUACAAGUCCACGGAUGGGUCUUUCAAGGAAGAGACGAUUGGUGCUGAUUGUGUUACACGUGGAAGAUACGGAUACAUUGACCCUCAAGGAAAGAUCCGCGAGUUUUCUUAUCAAAAUGGGAUUCCCUGCAAUCCUCAGACCCGUGAGGUGUUCAACCGCAGGUCGUCCAAGUCCACAGCAUCAAAGCCCAAGAAAGUCGGUUACUACGAUUACAACACGAACAAAUUUGUCUUACCAGAUGGACGCAGAGUGACCCUGGAAGUGAACGACAAAUUUCGCGCUCGAGGAUAAAGAGUAGUAGCUAGAUAUUUGAAUGCAAAAUCAGAGACGCCGACAAACGGGCGACACAAUGCGGCCUGGAUCAUGUCUCUCGGUGGCCCAUUAACUUCAGUGCCAUUAUGACAUGUACUAACGAAAAAAAGAAACUUAGAUCUUAGUUGCAAUACAUACAGAGAUUCUUGACACAACUCUUGCAAUAUGCUUGGAAACACGCCUCCGUUCCUGUGUAUAUUUAAUAAAAACCCACACAAUGUC